ACGUCAGUUGAAAGUGGGCUACGGGCAACGGCAGUUGUUUUUAAUAGAAAUCAAUAAAACUAAAACAACAAACAACAAACAUGGUGCUAGAAUUAUUGAGCCUAACGAAUCCCGUGUUCAAGAGCUAUACGUUCUGGGCAGGUGUUUUGGUGCUUAAAAUGCUGGCAAUGUCAAUGCUCACAGCUGUGCAACGCUUCAAGACCAAGACCUUCGCUAAUCCCGAGGAUUUGAUGUCGCCCAAGUUGAAGGUGAAAUUUGAUGAUCCCAAUGUGGAGCGUGUGCGCCGUGCGCAUCGCAACGAUCUCGAGAACAUCUUGCCCUUCUUCAUCGUCGGCCUGCUCUACACGCUGACCAAUCCCAGUGCAUUCAUCGCCAUCAAUCUGUUCCGUGCCGUUGGCAUUUCCCGCAUUGUUCACACUCUGGUGUAUGCCGUUGUUGUUGUUCCGCAGCCAGCUCGCGCUCUCUCCUUCUUUGUGGCGUUGGGAGCUACAGCUUAUAUGGCACUCCAAGUGAUCGUCGCUGGUGCCUUUUAAGAACAGUUUAUUGUUUAUCGAUAGUAAUUAAGGCAAUCCCGCACAACAAACAAUCGAGUCGUAAUUAUUAUGUGGUACGGGCUUUUUUUAUAUUUUUGUAGUUGCAUAUUAAAUACAAUUUGUAUCAUGUUUA